AUGCCAGAGGGUCGGCUGUCCUUUGGUUUUAUGGCCACACCUGGAGGAGAUGCAAAAGCGUUGCGUUUGGAGAUCUCCCAUCUUGGUGAUACUCCACGUACUCCAGAUGCAGUGUGCCUGCUUGCUCCAGGGAACAACAUGACCUCAAGUCGCACUAUUGAGGAGGCUGCCAGGGCCUUUGGGACUCUCCUCAGUGUUGCAUUGCAACACUGGCCAAACAAGCGAAUUCUCAGUGGGGGUAGGAUGGAACGCAUCUUUGACACAUACGUCCUAUGUUACCCUUCGGGCUACCGCCAGAACGUCAAGCCUGUCCAUGAGCCAGCACCCAAGUCUGUGGCUGAGAAGAAAUCUCCGCACAUCAAAAAGCUAAGUGGUGCUGGUUCACGUCAUGAUGCCCAACACCAGGCAAAAGUGAAACAGUACAGUCAACAGAAAUAUGCCACUGAUGCCCAACACCAGGCAAAUGUGAAACAACACAGUGCACAGAAAUAUGCCACUGAUGAACAACAUCGUACAAAUAAGAAAAAGUGCAGCAUAGACAAAUAUGCUACUGAUGAGCAACACAAGGUAAAUCUGAAACAGUGCAAUAUUACCAGAAGGAUUAAAUCAAAGACACAAAGACAACAAAUGGACUACAUUGUUCAGGAAUUCAAAAACAAGGUUAGCACUGGUCCCCAAUAUGUUUGCUCCGUAUGCCAUCGACAAUUGUUUAAACAACAAGUCAUACUAUGUAAAAAAGACACAUAUGGAAAAAAAGGCAAUGCUACAGCUUCAUUGGCCAGUAAAUGCAUUACUGAAACAUACCUUCACAAAUGCAAAAGCGCCUGUGUAGAACACUGCACAGAUCCUAAUAGUACACUGUGGAUUUGCUACACAUGUCACAGAAAACUUCUUGAUGGAAGAAUGCCUCCGGAAAGUGUUGCAAAUAAUUUGGUUUUGAGUCCCAUUCCACCACAGCUGAACAACUUAAAUUCGCUCGAACAACAUUUGAUUGCAAUAAACAUUCCUUUUAUGAAGAUGCUUGCUUUACCAAAAGGAGGACAAAAUGGUGUUCAUGGACCUGUCACGUGUGUACCAUCUAAUGUCCCUCAGAUUGCAAGUGUACUUCCAAGACCAGAGCACGAUGAUUUCAUGAUUCGUGUGAAAUUAAAGAGAAAGUUAACAUACAAAGGCCACUAUGAAUAUCAAUAUGUUAACACUGCUGCUAUUCAUAAAGCUUUCUCGUACUUGAAACAACAUAACCCAUGGUACAAAGAUAUUUCCUUCAACCACGAAUGGAUUAAUCCACUCAACAAAAUUCUACAACCCAACAACCCUCUGUCUUUUGACAAUGAAACCUGUGUUGAGAUUAAUACAGAAAACACUAAUGAUGAAGCAUCCACUGAAACAACACCAGAUGAUGAACACAUUGAUGAAUCAAUACAUGAUACACAGCAACAUGGAAUGUUCAACGAUACAUGUUUACAACCUGUCGAUAUUGUCCAAGAGGUGAUGGAUCAGCACUUCGAUGGAAUUUUGUCUCUGGCCCCAGCACAAGACAACAACCCAGUCAGAUUACUAACCAAUGAAGGCAAUGAAGCAAAAUGCUUCCCUGUUCUUUUCCCCAAAGGAACCGGUACUUUUAACGAUACCAGAGGAGAAAAGUUAACCAUAUGUAGAUAUUUCAAUAACCGCAUACUCAAUGCAGAUGGAAGAUUUGCAAAAAACCUGGACUACAUUUUUUAUGCACAAUAUUUAUCUGAGAUUAACCAAGUGGUCUCAAAUGUAUCUAUUGCACUGAGAAAAGGAUAUGACUCUGGCAGAAAAAUUACAUCAGACAUGCUAAUCAACGAAGAUUCACUUCAAAGAAUUCUCCAUUUUGACGAGGGAUACAAAUUCAUGAAACCUAUCAGAGGCACACCUGCUUUCUGGCAAAGUGUUCAGAAAGAUCUUUUUGCUAUGGUUAGACAGCUUGGAAUCCCAACAUGGUUUUGUUCCUUUUCUUCUGCUGACAUGCGAUGGAAAGAGACAUUACAAAUUUUCCUCCGGCUAGAAGGCAAACAUAUAAAUGCUGAUGAUCUGGACUGGUCAGAGAGAUGUGAUCUCUUGAGAAAGAAUCCCGUGACAGCUGCCAGAAUGUUUGAUCAUCGCUUUCAUUGUUUCCUUAAAGAUGUCAUCAUGUCACCAGCUCAACCAAUUGGAAAAAUUGUUGACUACUUCUACAGAGUGGAAUUUCAACAACGAGGUUCACCUCAUACACAUUGUCUGUUCUGGGUUGAAAAUGCACCGCAAGUUGAUAAAGCCGAUGAUGCUGAUGUUGUAGCAUUUAUCGAUCAAUAUGUGACAUGUGAAAUGCCACCUCUUGACGAUACGGAAAUGCACGACAUUGUCUCUACUGUGCAACAGCACAGCAAAAGGCAUUCAAAGAGCUGCAGAAAAAACAAAACUGUCUGUCGCUUUAACUUCCCGCGGCCACCAUCAAAAAACACUUUCAUCACAAGGAAUAAAAUUUCUGAAGAAGAAAUGCCUAGUGAGCCUAACCAAACACAACCUCAACAACAAACCAAUCAUCCAAGGCUUUCAAUGGAACUUGCAGGACAGAUUAUGGAGAGGGUACGGCAAGUUGUCAUGAACACUGACAUAUCUUUUGAUUCUGCAGAUUCCCUCUUUGCAUCUAUUGGUAUAUGCCAGGAGCUGUUUGAAGCUGCAUACAUACGCAUGACCAAAAAAACCAAUGUUGUUUUACAGAGAAAACCAUCUGAUGUUUGGGUAAAUCAGUAUAACACACAACUUCUCCGAUGCUGGAAUGCAAAUAUGGACAUUCAGUAUGUUGUUGACGCCUACUCUUGCAUUGUGUAUAUAAUAUCUUACAUAUCUAAGCAAGAGAGAGAAAUGGGAUUAUUGCUACAGCAAGCCCAAAAAGAGGCCUCAAAUAACAUUGAUGCUAAACUUGCCUUGCGGAAACUUGGCAGUGUUUACCUUCAUAACCGAGAAGUAUCUGCACAGGAGAGUAUAUACCGACUAACCAACAUGAGACUCAAAGAGGGAUCAAGAAAGGUUCAGUUCAUUCCAACUGGUCAACAUCCCAUCAAAAUGAGUCUUCCGCUUCAUCUUCUUCAGAAAAGACUCAACACUGAAAAUAACAGCAUAUGGAUGAACAGCAUCACAGACAAAUACAAAGGAAGACCAAAAACAGAAGCAUUUCCUGAAAUGUGUUUGGCAACCUUUGCAUCACAGUACAGAAUUCUGUCAAAAGCAGACAAGUCAUCACCUAACACCAUAAAACUGGAUCAGGACUUAGGAUUUGUGAUGAAGAGGACACGCACAGAUGCUGCUGUUGUGCGUUAUGCCCGCUUCUCACGCACAAAAAAUCCUGAGAAAUAUUACCACAGUAUUCUACAGUUAUUCCUUCCUCAUUACAAUGAUUCUGAGUUGAAACCACCAAACUUCAACACAUUUGAAGACUUCUAUCACACAGGCUUUGUUCAAAUCAUCAACAGUGAACUUAAGGCUGUGAAAUUCCUGGUUGACACCAAUCAAAAACUCUUUGAAAAAGAAGCUGACGAAAUUGACAACGCUCAAGAACAUCUAAACAGAGAUGGACCACCAGAAGAUGCAUGGUCGCUAAUUUGCCCAGAAUCAGAAUUACAACGUCUACAGUGUUUGGAAGCAAUAACCAGUCAUGUAACAAACACAGAGGAAACUGAUGAAAUCCUUCCUGAUCUGCAACCAGAUAAAAGCAACACUUUCACUAUCGAACCUAGGUUCUGUGGGUUGCAAAAGGACACUGCAAUGUGUCUCCUACGGUCACUAAAUGAAAAACAGCUGCAAUUAUUUUACAAGAUUCGGCACUGGUGUUUACAAAAACUCAACAACGGAAACCCAGAUCCAUUUUAUGUAUUUAUCACUGGAGGAGCUGGCACAGGCAAGUCCCACCUGAUAAAAGCAAUCAAUUAUGAAGCAUCUCGUAUCUUGUCACAGCUAUCAGAAAACCCAGAUGACACGCAUGUCUUACUCACUGCUCCAACUGGUGUUGCUGCUUACAACAUUGAUGCGGCUACAAUACACAAUUGCUUUUCAAUUGGAAUAGAUGUCUCAUUACCAUAUCAACCACUUGCAGAAGAAAAAAUUAAUACUUUGAGAGCCAAACUCAACAAGAUCCAAAUACUGAUUAUUGAUGAAAUUUCAAUGGUUGAUCAUAAACUUCUUACGUAUAUUCACGGACGGUUAAGACAGAUCAAACAAACAGGUGACUAUUCCUCUUUUGGUAAAGUGUCUAUCAUUGCAGUAGGGGACCUAUAUCAAUUGCCACCAGUCAAAGGAAAACCCUUGUACACACAACCAAGUGGUGUUAACUUAUGGCAAAAUCAUUUUGCUGUAACAGAACUCACAGAAAUAGUCAGACAGAAAGACACACACUUUGCACAGUUGCUAAAUCGCUUAAGAACACACAAGAAAAAGCAACCACUGCAACAACAAGAUAUCAACAUGCUGAAAAGUCGUGAGACGGGAGAAGGAGAAUUCAGUGAAGAUCUUCACAUUUAUGCAACAAACCAACAAGUUGACAAUCAUAAUUUUCAGAUGUUGCACAAAAUGUGCCCUCAUACCACUUCCAUUGAAGCUCAAGAUUUUGACAGGGAUGCUAAAACUGGUCGCCUGAAAAGAAAAAUGACACACCAUCUCAAAGUUUACAAUACUUGUUUGGUAAAUACACUGCAUCUCGGCAUACAUGCACGUGUCAUGUUACUAAAAAACAUUGAUGUUUCAGAUGGACUUGCAAAUGGAGUCUUUGGAACAGUUUCUGACAUAUCUUACAACGAUGAUGACACUUUCCCAUCAAGGAUAUAUGUCACCUUUGAUGAUGAAAAAGUCGGAAAAAUGGCUCGAAAUAAGAAACCAUCUUCCAAACCUGGACUGGAAAAAGCCACACCAAUUGAGCCUGAAGAGGACAAAAUAACAAACAGUGGUGGUGUGAGACGUCAGUUUGCUCUGAAGUUAGCUUGGGCUUGCACUGUUCACAAAGUGCAAGGUUUAACAGUGGAGAAAGCUGUUGUCUCUCUCAACAAAAUGUUUAGCUCUGGCCAAGCAUAUGUAGCACUGAGUCGUGUAACAUCUCUUGAAGGACUCAUCAUCGAUGAUUUUAAAGCCACUGCUAUAUAUGCUAAUGACACAAUUCACACUUCAAUACAAAACAUGCCUGCAUUCAUUGAGCCACCACUUCAAUCCUUCAAUACAACUUACAGAAUCUUUCUGCACAAUGUUCAAGGACUUUCUGCUCAUAUCGAAGACAUUCGAUGUGAUCACAGAUAUUUUGCAGCUGAUGUCAUUUGUGUGACAGAAACAUGGCUACAACAACAACAUUCUACCCAAGACACUCAUCUCAACACCUUUUCAUUUCACAGCAAACCAAGGUGCCUUGCAUAUGAUGACACUGAACAUAUCUUCAUGGAACUAAAGAAACAGCAGCAUGGUGGUGUUGGACUUUACUAUAAAAAUGAUGCAGACUGCAACAUCACCCAUUUGCCAUGUCUAAACAUUGAAUGUUUAACAUUCAGCAUAAAGUCACUGGAAGCAAACGUUGCCAUCCUCUACAGACCACCAUCUUACAGUUUGGUUACUUUCAGAACAAAACUGUUGCAUUUGAUUCAUCAUCUAGACACAUUCUUGGGAACCAAAAUAAUAAUGGGCGACUUCAAUGAAAAUCUCUUCAUUACACAAACUGGUCAAGAUUUCAUGCAGCAACAUGGAUACACCCAACUUGUUAAACAAGCAACUACUGAAAAGGCCACCUUAAUCGACCAUAUCUAUGUCAAAGAUAACACAGCUUAUCAAAUUGAUAUUCAAAUAAUGCAAACAUAUUUCAGUUUCCAUAACUGUAUUGUUAUGGAUGUUUUCCAGUAAAUCCGGUACAUUGAUUUAUUUGUCCCAGCCCAUCUGUGAAUAGGCCCUCCUCUCCGUGCACACUCAAAACGUGAUCAUGCACAGGAGGAAGAUUUGUUCUUGGCUUUUCCCCACAGACAACACAGCUGGUCUAAUUCCUGAAUACAAUCAAUCCAUAGUUCACAAAUGGUUAGUCUCAUUAACACCUCUGCAGACAUUUUUCCCUAACUGAUGCAUUCAACUUAACUCUCAUACGUUCCUCUCCCUAUGUUCUUAACAAAACACUGUCAAUCUCCAAGACCCAACUCUUCAAAUAAGUUAUUAGCAAGCAGGUAAAGACCCUAGCUAGUAAGGAUAGAUAUAACUUAACAUUACAAUACAGCUGGCUUGUCAAGGUUAGCAGGCUGUAAAAUUUUCCCCUCUUGUUUACAUUUUGGACAGAUGUGGCAAGUGACUACACCUAUCCCUGUUUCAGUUACAGCACUUUCAACACAAGCAAUAUCGAAAGCGCUAUCCAAAAAUUUCUUCUAAUCAUGAAGACAUUUUGGGAUACAUUUUGAAAAUAGAAAACCAAUAUGCACCACAAUUAUAUCAACAAAUACCAUCUCUGGGCAAACAACACUAUAUUCUGUAAAUACAUUGCACUACUUGACCCCAUUUCCAGUAUGAACAUGAUUUCUUGACGAUGAACAGGGUAAGAGCAUCACUUUGAAAAGCACAACGAAUAAUUACGCAUUCUCUUUAUAUUACUGCACUUUCUGGUUUUCCUUUUUUCUUUCCUUUAUCCUCAGGUGAACACAGACCUCCGAAACCAGCUUCAAGGAACAACACCUGGCUGCCUACUUCAGCAUCUCCAUAAAUGGACCCCAUCUUGACGCCUUCCCAUAUGAUAGUGCAUUGGAAUAUGUUUCCACAAAGCCCCAUAAAAUAAGAUGUUGAAACAAACAGUGCACACUUUGCAACAGGUAGGCUGUGCAGCAGUCACUUAAAGUGUAGCAAUGCAGCACUCACUGUAUAUUUUCCCAUUUAUUUCACAAACUACCAAUUGGGCACUCACUGUAUAUACGCUUUCCAGUUCCUUCACACAAAUUAAAGCUAUUAUAUAGACUUCCCUUCGCGUUUCUCUGCUCUUGCCAUUUUACUUAUGAUUUCACUCUGUAUUUUUCUCUUUAUUUAUAUUACAAUUAAAGAAAUUUACUU